GGAGAAAGAGACGAAAGAGAAGGGGAGUGGGAGGCGGAAAAAUACAGGAAAAAGAAGAAGAGAGUUACAGAAGAAAGUGGAAAAGAAGGCUCACAUGCUCUGCGCUCGAGACGAGACCCCCCAGAAGGAGACGCACGGCCUGCGGGGAAAACGGUAGGAAAAAAAAAAGGUAGAAAAAGAGAUAGGACGAACGGGAAGCCAACAAAGCAAAGCAGGCAGGCUUUGUUUUUCUUUGCCUCUGUUCUCUGCUCUCUGCCUUUAAAAUAUUUUCUCCUCCCAACUCACUCCCACACCACAACUAGAUUUCUCUCUCUCUCUCUCUCUCUCUCUCUCUCUCUCUCUCUCUGUACAAAGGAAGAGGAGGGGGAGAAAGCCAAACUUUCCUGGCGCCAUGAUGAUGGUCACUGUGAAUCUUUGAGUCUUCACAGCCACAGGGACGCAGCCCUUGUUCAACGUUGCGAUUUUCACGGCUUUUAUCGCUUUGUGAAGAACUUGGUCGAAGUUGCAGAAGCGACGAAAAGCGGUUUUUCUUUUUUCUGCAUCCCUUCUUCGUGUUCAUCGAGAUCUUUUUCGUGUCGAGAACGUUCUAGUGCUCGCUCACGUCAAGUCUCCCUCUGAGCAUCAGAAGUUUCUCCUCUCUGUCAUGCUUGGCUGAGCUUCAUCAGAAGAGAGCGGAGAAGGCGUCUCUGUCUAGCCACAUGGAGAAGCAAUAUGGCUUGGUUUUACUCUGAAUGAGCCCAGAGCAAGACUCGUUUCGAAGCCUUUUUAAUAUGUAACCUUCUCAUCUGCUCCGGCUAGUUUCUCGUCACGCUUCCUUCACGUCCUCUCUCACUGUCUCUCUGUAUUCUGAAUAUCUACGUUUGAGGAGAGGCAUUCUCUCAAUUUCGGACUUUUGCAACCUUUCUUCGAAAAACAAGACCAGAGGAAUCUCAUUUUUAGAUUCCAGACUCUUUUGCAUCUUCUCCGGCAAGUUGGUAACCGGACGCAUUUCUUCCCUGUUCUUGCAGUUCCUGAAAGCUUCUUUCGAAAUUAGCUUCUUUUUCUGCGGAAACCCGCACAGAAGUAUUAUACAUCUUCGAGAACCUGCAGCUUCCGAGCUUGCUCUGUAAGUUCAAAAUCUGGGGAAGAUUUAUGCUCGAGAACUUACGAAUUUCAAAACUUUUCUUCAGAAAAGUUACUAAGGGAAGUGCCAUCGCUCUUUUCGAACACUAUCAAACAGAGAAUCGACUGAAUUUUCAUAGUUUCUACAGCAAACCUUCUGUUCUACGAGGGAAAGGAGCUCGUACCCCUUACAGGCUUCAAGAGAAAGAGAAGAAAGGGGAACGUCCCCAUACCAUCCAUCCCAAUGGCUCCAUUCCGCUGCCACCUUCUUCUCUUCGUGGCUCUGUUACUCCUCCGUCUGGGCGACUCGGCAGCCAAUCCGGUGCCGUCCUCGCAGCCGAUGAACCCAGCCGAGCCGUCCUCCACAGUCCCGGCCUUCCCAGUGCAGUCCGAGGCGCAGGCAUGCCGGCUGGACCUGUCGACGGAGCUCUUCGGCGGCGUGGCGGAGGCGUGCGGGCAGGGCCUGGACCGGAGCCGGUGCUGCCCGGUGCUGGCGGCCUGGCUGUACGCUGCCCACGCUCGGUCGGCUCUCCAGCCAUCCGGCCGCGCCCCUUCGGACCUGCCGGUGAUGCCAGAGGACUCGCAGAGGUGCGUCGUGUCUCUGCAGGCCUCACUGCAAGGCCGAGGCAUCGCGCUCCCCCAGCCGAACGCGACGUGCGACACGGUGCUGUGCUUCUGCGGGAUUCGGCUCCACCAGAUCGGCUCGCUCAGCUGCCCCGCCGCGUUCAACCUCUCGGCCGUGCCCACUUCCGCAGUCCGUCGGCUGGAGUCCAGCUGCGGCAACUCGUCCUACGCCGGCUGCACCCGCUGCCUCACCGCGCUGCAGAAGCUCAAGGAGGGAGAAAAUGCUACCAAGGACGGGAAGGACAGGGCGAGCAAGAUGUUCAGCAGGGACUGCCAGCUGAUGGGCUUGACAUGGCUUUUGGCCAAGAACAAAACGGCCUACAUUCCGACCGUCUCCGCCGUUCUCCGGGCCAUCAUGUACAGCAACCACCCGCCGCACCAGUCCAAGUGCAGCCCGGACCAAGAGAACAUGCCCCUAGCCCUUGACUCGGUCCAGUUCUUCCAGGCCGACCCACCCGCCGGUGCCGCCGCCACCACCUUCCCUACAUCUCUAGUGUCCCUUAUGAUCAACUUCUUGCCCAUCUCACUUCUGCUUGCUUUUUGGUUUCCUUGAUCGAUAGUUCGGGUCGGGCUUUUCCAUAUCUGGAUCUGGUCUAGUACUGGAUCCAAUAGGACCUUUUUCCUCUCCACCUGAUUGCACAAGAAACAGCAGGACUAGGCACUUCUAUAGUUCGAGUCUUACGGUUAUAAUUGCUCAUGUACAUGAAUAAGGUGUUGGUUUUUCUCUUAUUGUUUCCCACAUCACUAGUUGAUCUUGUAUGAAUGGAUUGCAUUUUUCACUA